AUGGAAGAACACAAAUUCACAACGUUUUUCGAGCCUUUCAGGAUCAAAUCCAUAGAGAAACUUAAGACAACAACACGAGACGAACGAAUGAAGUAUCUAAAACAAGCUAAUUACAACUUGUAUCUCUUGGACUCGGACAACAUCUUGAUUGACCUGCUAACAGACUCAGGGACUGGAGCGAUGAGUUCUGAACAGUGGGCUGCGGUUAUGAUUGGAGAUGAGUCGUAUGCCGGCUCUCCGAGUUACCGGAAGUUUGAAGCUGUGGUCGAGGAGAUCUUUGGAUACCGUCACGUGAUCCCUACGCACCAAGGGCGCGCGGCAGAGCGUAUUCUUUUCAGGUGCGCUGUGAAAGAAGACAAUGUCGUUCCAAACAACGCACAUUUUGCGACAACAAUGGCAAACAUCGAAGCCCAAGGUGCAAAGGCGAUUAAUUUUUUGACUCCUGAGGCUAUGGAGCCCAGUAAAGAUGUGCCAUUUAAAGGAAAUAUGAACAUCGAAAAGCUGAAACAGACAAUCACAAAGUGUCGAGAUAAAAUUCCACUUGUUAUGAUAACCAUUACAAAUAAUAUGGUGGGAGGUGAGCCAGUCAGCAUGGAGAAUAUAAAGGCGGUGUCUAAAAUUUGUCGCGCACACGGUAUUCCGUUGUUUUUUGAUGCCUGCCGCUUCGCUGAAAAUGCUUGGUUCAUAAAGAUCAAAGAAGAAGGUUAUGCGAACCGCACACCGAAAGAAAUCGCGCGAGAGAUUUUCUCUUACGGCGAUGGCUGCACCAUGUCGGCGAAGAAGGAUGGCCUGGCAAAUAUCGGCGGGUUUUUGGCAGUCAACGACGAAGAGCUUGCUGCAAAAUGCCGCAAGGAGCUGCUGAUAACCGAAGGUUUCACCACUUAUGGCGGCUUAGCAGGGCGCGACUUGGAAGCGAUUGCAGUUGGUUUGAAUGAAGUGGUUGAAGAAGAUUACCUGCGCUAUCAAAUCGGAUAUGUUAAGUUCCUGGCGGAUUUACUCGUCCAGAACCACGUGCCCAUUGUGACCCCACCCGGUGGUCACGCGGUGUAUAUCGACGCAGGCGCAAUGCUUCCGCACAUUUCUCGCGAACAGUUCCCAGCGUGGGCUCUUGGCUGCGCACUUUACGUGGAGGGAGGGAUCCGCGGGGCGGAAGUUGGUGCGGUCAUGUUAGGAAGUCAGGAGAAGCAGGAAACGGAAAAUUCGGAAAAUGGAAAUGGGGUUGAUGAAGGCGCCUUCGGAGACGAUUAUGAACACGAAGAAUUGUUUCGCCUGGCUAUUCCCCGCCGUACAUACACUGAGUCUCAUUUAAGGUAAAGGCUUCUACUUUUAUAGCCUGCGAGCAAGGUCUCUAAUAACCGCGAAAAGCGAGCCAAGAGCGAACGCGCGAACGAGCGGCGACGCCGCUAGGUGCGGAGGAAAAUGAUGCGUGGUGUGACUUCUCUUUCCCGCCCCUCUUUAACCGCCCCUCGCAAUGGCUUUCCUUGCGCAUGCGCCUCUCGAGUAACUUCUGGCCACUCUUCCAAAUGGAGAGCUUACUCGCAGGCUUAUACAGUAAUGAUUUAAAAACGUUUGGUGGUCUAAUCAUAAACUCGAUCAGUACUUACUGACGUACUUAAUUGACUAAUACAACAAUUCAUUAAAAUAAGGAGUUACUCUUUAAGGUGAAAAACACAAAAAAGGAAAAUCAAAGAUUAAAGCUUAUACACCUUAUUCCAACUGAAAUGCUGAUAAUUGACCCUCGAUGUCUUGUUCCGAAGUAAAAGUUUCGUUCCCAGGGUCUCCCUGGGAACGAGGUAAAAUCGUCCCCAGGGCUUUUCCCCUUUGUCGGGAACAAGGUUUUGAGGAUAGAACGAAUGAUAGCUGUACCAAAACCUAAAACGCGCAUUAAGGGGCAUUUUUUGUGCUGACUAGACCUAUAAUUUCUUGACAUUUACUGCUACUGCUGUUGUGCUUGUGCUAGUUUCUUUUUUAAUUGCCCUAUUAACAUUUAACAUUUUCUAGAUGUUGAUAGAGUGUUAACUACAUUCCGCGUACAUCUUUCCGACAGGUAUGUCGCUGAAGUCUGUGCGCAUCUGUACAAGAACCGCGCAAAGGUUUGUGGUUACCAAAUCACGUGGGAGCCACCAAUGUUACGUCAUUUCACUGCCCACCUGGAGCCUCUUCCUCUCCCAUUUAAAGCACCCGAAGAAUCCACUCAAGUUAGCAAUCGACCAACCAGAAAAGUGUCCACGGGUCAGGGAUUAAGGCGAAGAAAGAAUUCCUUGAUGCAAUUUAGUUGAGGUCAAAACGAAGCCGAAUCAACCGAGCCUUGAAAGAUUUUUUCAUUCUCUAUUACCAAUAUUUUUGUGUGUGAGUAGUAACAUAACAGUAUUGAUAUUCUUUUACAACGUGUAUAAUAACAUGCAUAAAGAACUUACAAAGA